UACUAUAGUUGUGCUUUUUAUCGCCGAUGCCGACUGUUUCAAUUGUUCCGUAACGUUCGUGCGAGUGAGUCGCGUUUUUUGUUCGCUCCACACUUACCUCUCCUCUAGCUGCAAGUGGUGGACUCAACAAGUGUGCGCGAGCUGUGUGUGAUCUGUUUGACUUACAAUUUUUGGUACCAACUACACUGUGAUCUCAAGAUAUUUAAAACGGGGGAAAAAGAUCAGAGAAUCAGAGCCAAAUGAACAAAACUAGUGCAGUUUCAAGUGAUAUAGCUACUGAUUGACAGUCGAAGCAGAUUGGUGUGUGAUAGGUGUGCGAUCGAUUCGAUCAUCGGGACAGUUGUUCAAGAAUCCAAGAUUCGUGUGCGAGUUGGUGUCUAUCAAAGAGCGGCGGAAGAAAAUGUUCCUCGACACGUACCUGUUGGGCGUAGUGCGGCAGGAGUUUUUCGAUGCGUCCAAGGCGCGAAGUACUCUGCUGGUGUUCUGCUGCACGUUGAGCUGCGUGGUGUUUCUGCAGUGGCUCUUUCGGUUGGUGUGCCAGAUUAAGAAGCUUCCACCGGGGCCAUGGGGUGUGCCGAUUUUCGGCUACCUGACGUUCAUCGGCCACGAGAAGCAUACCCAGUAUAUGAAGCUGGCCCGGAAAUACGGCUCGCUGUUCAGCGCCAAGCUCGGGGCCCAGCUAACGGUGGUGAUCAGCGACUACAAGAUUAUAAGGGAGGCGUUCAAAACGGAGGACUUCACCGGACGGCCGCAUUCUCCGCUGCUGAAAACGCUUGGAGGUUUCGGAAUCAUCAACAGUGAAGGUCAACUGUGGAAAGAUCAACGGCGGUUCCUGCACGAGAAGCUGCGUCACUUCGGAAUGACGGUGCUUGGCAACAAGAAACACCUGAUGGAGAGCAGAAUCAUGACUGAGGUCGCAGAACUGCUAGCAUCGCUGAACGAGGUCGGCAGCCAGUCUACCGACCUGAGCAAGUACCUCUCCGUCUCGGUGAGCAACGUGAUCUGCAACAUUAUCAUGUCGGUGCGGUUCUCGCUGGAGGAUCCAAAGUUCAAGCGCUUCAACUGGCUGAUCGAGGAAGGCAUGCGGCUGUUCGGCGAAAUCCACACCAUCGACUACAUCCCUCAGAUCCAGUACCUGCCCGGUAACAUCAACGCCAAGAACAAGAUUGCCAAGAACCGACAGGAGAUGUUUGACUUCUACCGCGAGGUGAUCGACGAGCACAAGCGGUCGUUCAACGCCGAAAACAUCCGGGACAUCGUCGAUGCCUACUUGGACGAGAUUCAGAAAGCGCAAGCCGAAGGCCGCGACCAGGAACUCUUCGACGGAAAAGAUCACGAGAUCCAGAUGAUGCAGGUGAUUGCGGAUCUCUUCUCGGCCGGCAUGGAAACCAUCAAGACGACGCUGCUCUGGCUGAACGUGUUCAUGCUGCGCCACCCGGAUGCGAUGAAGCGGGUGCAGGACGAGCUCGAUCAGGUUGUGGGACGCAAUCGGCUGCCGAAAAUCGAAGAUGUACCGUACCUGCCGAUAACGGAGACCACCAUACUGGAAGUGAUGCGUAUCUCCAGCAUCGUCCCGCUAGCCACCACGCAUUCCCCUAAAAGUGAUGUCGUUAUCAACGGUUACACAAUCCCGGCCGGUUCGUACGUAGUUCCACUGAUCAACAGCGUGCACAUGGACCCAACGCUUUGGGAUAAGCCAGAGGAAUUCAACCCAAGCCGUUUCCUGGAUGCUGAGGGCAAAGUUCACAAGCCGGAUUUCUUCAUUCCGUUCGGAGUAGGCCGUCGUCGUUGCCUGGGCGACGUUCUAGCUAGGAUGGAGCUGUUCCUGUUCUUCGCUUCCAUUAUGCACACAUUCACCAUUGAACUUCCUGAAGACGAACCGAUGCCAAGUCUGAAGGGCAUUAUCGGUGUCACCAUCAGUCCGCAAGCAUUCCGCGUCAAGCUGAUCCCUCGACCACUGAACGCCGAUCUAGAUCGGCUGCGGAAUGUUGGCAGCUGCUAAACUCCUCACCUGGUGAGAAAACCCCAACAGAGCACGGUAUGUUCCUACGUUACAUGCAAAAGACAAAAAAGAAUACACACACUUCAAUGGGCGAGAACACAAAUUGAGCGACAAGCAACACACUUCAACACCUUUGAAAACGAUUCAUUCGAGUGCCUGCAAAAAUGUGAAGCAAAAUCGAAAGUACACUAGCUAGUCAUGCGUUGUUGUUCGGAGAGUAAUUUUGUUGAAUCAUUCUUUUACAAUGUUGAAGUUGUUUUUAUUGCCUUUAGAGAGAUAAAACCGCAUUUUAAUCGCAUUUUAAUGACAGUUCAUUAUUUAUACUUGUGCCGAGUUUAUUGAAAAGCAGGAGAAGAAGCAGAAACUAGAAUCCAUUGUACAAAUGACUUCGGUCAACACACAGACACACAACACUUCGGAUAGCAGAAGAAACAAUCAACCGAAAGAGUGAGAGAAACAUUACUCUAAAGAACCACACACUCACACACUCAACACACAUACACACAUGCACAUGACAAACAAGCAAGGGACCGCCCUUGACUCGUCGGUGGUUCGCCGGUUUUAGUGUUAUUGGGUUUCUUAAUAACAAACCCAAUCGAGAUAGUUUUAUUUAUAAUGUUCAAACACAGUUGUUUGCCACUACAACGAAUCCAGCGGCGAAUAGGAAAACAGUGAAUCAACUUGAUCGAUGCCUCCCAAAAUACGAUGUGUUCAAUAAUAUUUAGAGAUUUAACAAAAGCUGACAAACAAUUCCAUUUCUAGCAUUAUCAUUAGCUUGUAGUGUAACGUUUUUUUUAUUAUUUUAAUAUCUAAGUAGGCGAGGAGAAGUUUAUAUUUAUUACAUCUAAACAAAAACCCCGAAGACAAAUCCAAGUAUUGCUGCACAAACGGAAUGAAAAGUAACGUUUUCAUAAAUUGAAUUAAAUUUUAUAAAUUUCUGAUUCCACGGUAAAAUACCAAAAAAUCAAAACUACGAUUGCUAGUUAAAAGUCCAACCGCGCGAGCGACGAUGUGACGCAACGCGAAAAUGUCACUUCUUCGGCUCCGAUAUCCAUCGCAGUAGCCCAAGAAGAAGAACCCCGAAAAAAACCGUUCGAUUUCCGAACGUUUAUAAAACCAAACGAGGGCACGCGCACAAUUUACCAGUAUUCCCCAUCCGUGUUCACGAGCGAGCGAGCGAGCUUCAUUCCCUCAAUUACUCUGUGCAGUGCGGCGCGCUCUACAUUACCUACUUUCGCGGUUACGGAACGAACGAGUGCGCGAACACAAAAGCGGGGAGGCCAAUUCGCGUCACUGUUAGAUCAGAGUAGGCGGCGACGCAAGCGUUCGUCACCUGUCGCGUCGUCGAAGUCUCUCUUUCUUCGCUGCUGCGGUGAGUGCGGUGCGCGCACUCACACACUCUCUCAUAAGCCAAAACCGCAAAAAGCACAAUAUUUUACAAUUGCAUGGGCGUUGGAAAGAGUCGGGAAAGAGACGAACGCGUGCGAGCGAAGAAGAAGAAUAAGUAGUUGAAAUCAGUGCCAAUUUCAUUUGUUGAACAAACGAAACAAAAAAGUAUGGAAUAUGCAGAUAUUUAACGCGUGAAAACCGCGAAGAAUUUUG